AUGACUUCUUACAUGCAAAACCCUCUGGUGUUGAACCCCGAAUCUUCCCAUCUAUCGUAUGGCUUCGCCGACGCCGCGCUACUUCACGCUUUUUUCUCGCUCGCAGGCUUGUACCAUGACCUUAGCGUCGGAACAAAGAUAACGCCACUUUCUCUCAUGCAUAGAGGGGAGACACUGAGAUUAGUAAACGAACGGAUAGCACAGACACCAUUGCAACUCAGUGACGGGACAAUCGGUGCUGUAGCUGCAUUAGCGACAUUUGAUAUGGUCGACCACAAAGCGCUCGUUGGAAUCUGCAAGGACUUCAACAAAUGGUUGUUCAAAGAGGUGGUUUACGAAUCCUUGGAAGGGAGGCUCGGGAUUUUUGUGGAUCAUGGUUAUUGCAAAGAACCAUAUGUUGGAGAUUCUGAACGAAGAUACAAGGAAACUGUGCCAAUUGAUGCUUCCGAAAAAUGGGGCGCCGUCACGUACCACGACUACAAGACUACCUCCUCCUGUGGCUACCUGGCGAACGCUGAAGUCUACGAUGCAGAAGCGGUCGGGGCCUUCGAGGCCAUAAAACUCACCAGAACGCAAAUCGCGUUGAACCCAGACAUUAAGGAAAUACUCCUUUUCUUAGAUAACUCUGCGGUGCUAUACGUUAUCACUAAAGUAAUGAAAGAGUAG